AUGGGGGCCGCCAUGUCCGGCCACUUCUCCCACCCCGACCACCACGCGCGCUUCAAGCGCGUGAAAAACAAAUCAGCAGGUUCCCGGUGCGGGAUGUGCCAGCUCAACGUCGAGGUCGGCGCGGCAGCCUACCGCUGCUCGAACUCGAAGGACGAGUGCCCCUUCAUCCUCCACGACGCGUGCUACCGACGCCCGGAGACGAUCAGGCGCCACUUUGCGCACCAGCAGCACCGUCUCACCCUCGGCUCCACCCCCACCCCCACCUCCCGGGGCGACCGCCGGCUGUGCAGCCUCUGCGCCCAGGGGCUCGACGCGCCGGCCUUCGCGUACAGCUGCACCAACGACCGCAAGUGUGUUGCCGGCGGCUUCCGCGCGCACCCGCGCUGCUGCGACCUCCCGCCGGACAUCAGCACGCCGCUGCACUCUCACAGGCGCCUCGUCCUGCGCGCGCCGUCGGGUGGGAACAACAGCAACGGGCAGCAACAGCCACGCAGUUGCGUCAAUUGCCGGAAGACCACGACCGGGCGGACAGCGGCGUGGUCGUACCAGUGCCCCAGUUGCAAAAACGUGGAGUACUGCCUCUCGUGCCUGCUCGGCAACGACGACGCUGUGCGGUGCUGCGGCGUUCAGUGCUGCGACGUCGACCUUGAAGCCGUGCACUGUCUAGGGCGUGUGGCGGGGGCGUUAUUCUGUGGGUUCGUGUCAGGCAUGGGAUGCCCUGGUUUCACCACUCAGCAAAUUAAGCAGUAG